AUGGCUGAUGAACAAAAUCAACAAACAACAGAGAACAAAGAAGAAGAUAUAAGCAACACUCAGGAAUUUUCUCAAGAAAUACAUGAUGAAAUAGAUACUGAAAUUAAAAAUCAAAUUAAACUUGAUGGUAUUAAAUGUUUUGAGGCCACAUACAAAGAAGUUGUUGAAGAAAAUGAAAAGUUAAAGAAUGAUGUUAAAAAAUUGUUAGAAUUAACUAGAAUAUAUGAAGAACACAUCAGAAAAUUCGAAACUGAAAUAAGAGAUCUUAAAACUAAAAUGAGCCAAAAACAUCCUAUCUUAGAAAUUGGUCAACCAUUUAGUUUUAAUAAUAGACAAAAUAAAUUCAUAUAUGAUACACCAAAAAUAUUACAAGUACCUGGCUAUGAUGUAAAAAUAAUUAAAGCAAAGGAGUUAAAAAGUGGUCAACUAGUUGGUUUUAAUAGAGAAAAUAAAUUCAUUUAUGGUUUUGGCUAUCUAAAUGGAAACAAUAUUUUGUUUUUUGAUCAAGACACCAAUAAUUCAAUAUUAAAGUCCACUUUGGUUGUUUCUUUUGAUAUCUUUUCCAAAAAAUCAAAAGGAUAUCUAACCACAGAAGACUACAUUGUGUUGGAGCCUAAAGUUAUAGAAAAAUGCAGUUCUGAAUUGGCCUCAUAUUCCAAAGUUUUAUUAGAGGAAGCCAUUAAUGAUAUUGCCACUGAUUUAUGUUUCAUGGAUAUGGAGGUGUCAAAAAAGUUAAAACAUACAUUACAGACAUAA